ACACCCACAUUCACCUCGCUGUAUCACCCUUAUGUGGUUGUGUUAGGUGCUGUGGGACAGCCAGAAUGGGCUGAGUUCUUUCCUGACUGUGGUGGUUCUAGUCAGUCACCCAUAAAUGUGGACACAUUGCAAACACUGUAUGAUCCAACACUAAUCCCCGUGCAGCCCCUGGGAUACAACCAUUAUGGGAAGAGGCCAUUCACCCUCUACAAUAAUGGCCAUACAGUGCAGAUGACAUUGCCACAUUGGAUGAACGUGGUUGGGUUGCCAUGGCAUUAUAGUGCUGUACAGCUACACCUGCACUGGGGUAGUGAAGUGGGAGUGGCUACAGGAAGUGAACACACCAUUAAUGGACAGAGCACUGCAGCAGAGGUGUGUGCUUGUGUUGUGGCAUGCAUAAUGCAAUGUUUUUAGUCAUUUUUGCAGAUUUGUGUGAACAGGGAUAAUUUUGACAAUAUUAUUGUCUGUAUGUGAAACUUUUCGAAAAAGCAAAUGAAAUCACAUUUUUGUAUAGUACAAUCAUUAUUGUAUAAACUUACCCUGAGAAGCACUGCUUUAAGGCCCAGAGAUGAAGUCAGGAGCCGAUUCCAAUGUUUCAAAUGGAGACCUAGUGAGCUCUUCCAAGACAGGAUAGGUCCCAGUAAGGAACAGAAAUGGAACAGAAAGGUCUCAACAGUCUCGCACCACGCAUAACAUGUAAGACAAGAAUGCCUCCCCAGAGAAACACUUUCAACUAGAAUGUGCUCAGCAGCAAUUGCUGUCAAUAAAAAAGUCAACAGGGCAAUGCCUGCAGAAAAACACUCCUGAGGGAACUCCAGCACUGAACCAAGAGUACAGUGGGUCUAAUUUGCAAGUCUAGCACCAGAACUCAUAUAGCUUCUAUUUGAGAGCAUAUAACCUCCCAUUGGAGGGUAGUACAAUCAACACAAUCCAAGAUGGGUAUAGACCCCAUCCUUUUUUGGCACCUGUAAGUGCCGGCUGUAAAAGCCAGACUCUUUUUGAGAAGGAGACAGAUUUUUUAUGGCUAUUCUCUUAAAGGUAAAAUAAUUUAUUUAGCCCAAAACGGUAGCAU